AUGAAGAAUUCGAUUAUUAUAUUCGCCUCAAUCACAACAUUGGCGAUUGGAGAGAAUUUGUUGCCGGAGGAUUUUACGAGAUGCGGCCAGAAGGAUGCCAAGCUGAACGACUGCCUAAAGGGGGCAGUGCCAGACGCUCUCAGAAGAAUGACCAAAGGUAUCCCGGCACUGUCCGUGCCGCCCCUGGAGCCGCUUCUAGUGUCCGGGAUGAACAUAGAGGCGGGCGCGGGGCCGGUGGUCAUCAGCCAAAUCUACCGGAACAUCCAGCUCCACGGCCUCACGGAGUCAAUCCUCACCUCGUACAAAGCCGACCUCAAGCAUUACAGACUUCGGACGGAAUCCUUAACACCUAAGAUGGAGUUCAUCGCCGAUUACGUGAUGAAGGGAAGGAUCCUGGUGCUUCCCAUUCAAGGGAAGGGUGUUGCCAACAUUACUAUGGUGAAUUUGGUUGUUAAACACGACAUUAUAGGAGAACCUGUUAUCAAUGAGGGAAAAACAUACAUGCAUAUAAGAGAUUACAAAGUCAAAUUUAUUCCGCAAAGAGUUAUUCUGCAUUUCUCCAAUUUAUUCAACGGUGAUAAAGCGUUGGGUGACCAAAUGAACAGGUUCCUCAACGAGAAUUCGGACCUCGUAUUCAACGAACUAAAGGAAUCGUACGAGAAGAGCCUCAGUUCGGUAUUCCAAGAUGUCACAAACAAAAUAUUCGACAAAGUGCCGAUGAACAAAAUCUUCCCGGAGGAU